ACGUGCAGCAGCUGCUGCUGGUUAAAGAAGAGGUUCCCCCUAAACAGCAGGAGUGUAGUUCCAGUCUGGACCAGGAGGACCCAGAGCCCCCCUCACACAUUAAAGAGGAACAGGAGGAACUCCGUAUCAAUCAGGAGGGAGAGCAGCUUCAAGGGCUGGAGGAGGCUAUCACCAAGUUCACAUUCACUCUUGUCCCUGUGAAGAGUGAGGAUGAUGAAGAGAAACCUCAGUCCUCACAGCUUCAUCAAAGACAAACUGAACACAUGGAAACAGGAGCUGAUGGAGAGGACUGUGGAGGACCAGAACCAGCCAGGAACUCAGAUCCAGAGACACAUUUACAGCCAGAUACUGAGGACAAGACUGGAGACUCUUCUGACACUGAUGACAGUGAGGAUUGGAAGGAGACCAGAGAACCCCCGUCAGGUCUUGGAAAUGUAGAAGUCCCCGUCAGUGUUUCCAGAAGUAGUGCUUUAGAGAAACCAUUCAGCUGCUCUGAGUGUGGGAAAACAUUUGGCGCCAGGGGAAAUCUGAACAGACACAUAAUAGGUCACACAGGAGAGAAACCAUUCAGUUGCUCAGUCUGUAAGAAAUCUUUUCCACAGAGAACAAAUUUAAAGAAACACAUGAGAACUCACACAGGAGAGAAACCAUUCAGCUGUUCAGUCUGUAAGAAAUCUUUUCCACAGAGAGGAAAUUUAAAGAAACACAUGAAUAUCCACACAGGAGAGAAACCAUUCAGGUGCACAGUCUGUAAGAAAUCUUUUGCACAUAGAGGAAUUUUAAAGAACCACAUGAGAACUCACACAGGAGAGAAACCAUUCAGCUGCAUUGUUUGUGACAGAAGAUUUGCCCGACGUUAUCAGGUCAAACAACACAAGUGUGAUGUUCCUCAGUCCUCACAGCUUCAUCAAACUCAAACUGAGGAGACCAGAGAACCUCCGUCAGGUUUAAACUCUCUGGGAAAUGAAGAAGUCCCCGUCAGUAAUUCCAGAAGUAGUGCUGGAGACAAUCCAUUCAGCUGCUCUCAGUGUGGGAGAAGAUUUGGCGCCAGGGGAUCUCUGAACAGACACAUGAGAACUCACACAAUAGAGAAAGGAUUCAGCUGCUCAGUCUGUAAGAAAUCCCUUACAAAGAAAGCUAAUUUAAAGAAACACAUGAGAACUCACACAGGAGAGAAACCAUUCAGCUGCUCAGUCUGUAAGAAAUCUUUUCCACAGAGAGUAAAUUUAAAGAAACACAUGUAUGUCCACAUAGCAGAGAAACCAUUCAGCUGCUUAGUCUGUAAUAAAUCUUUUGGACAGAGAGGAAUUUUACAGAACCACAUGAGAACUCACACAGGAGAGAAACCUUACAGCUGCUCAGUUUGUGAUGGAAGAUUUUCGAUAAAGACUCAUCUUAAACUACACAUGAGAACUCACACGGGAGAGAAACCAUUCAGCUGCAGUGUUUGUGACAAAAGAUUUGCCCGACGUGAUCAGGUCAAAACACAUAAGUGUGUUGGUCGUCAGUCCUCACAGCUUCAUCAAACUCAAACUGAGGAGAACAGAGAGGCACAGCCACCAGCCAGUAGCUCAACUGAACACAUGGAAACAGGAGCUGAUGGAGAGGACUGUGUAGGACCAGAACCAGCCAGGAACUCAGAUAGAGAAAGACAUUUACAGCCAGAUACUGAGGACAAGACUGGAGACUCUUCUGACACUGAUGACAGUGAGGAUUGGAAGGAGACCAGAGAACCUCUGUCAGGUUUAAACUCUCUGGGAAAUGACGUCCUCGUCAGUGAUUCUAGAUGUAGUGCUGGAAAGAAACCAUUCAGCUGCUCUGAGUGUGGGAAAACAUUUGUCUUGAAAGGAAAUCUGAAUCUACACAUGAGAACUCACACAGGAGAGAAACCAUUCAGCUGCUCAGUCUGUAAGAAAUCUUUUGGACGGAGAAGUCAUUUACAAAAACACACAAGAACUCACACAGGAGAGAAACCUAAUAGUUGCUCAGUUUGUGAUGCAAGAUUUACUUGCAAGGAUAAUCUGAAUCUACACAUGACAAUCCACACAGGAGAGAAACCAAAUAUCUGCUCUGUGUGUGGGAGAGGAUUUCGUCGGAAAGUAGAUCUAAAAAGUCACAUGUUAACUCACACAGGAACAAAACCAUUCCGCUGCUCAGUUUGUGAGAAAUCUUUUACACAGAGUGGAAGUUUAAAGGAACACAUGAGAAUCCACACAGGAGAGAAACCAUACAGCUGCAGUGUUUGUAACAAAAUAUUCACCUGGCGUCGACAGGUCAAAAAACACAAGUGUGUUGGUCCUCAGUCCUCACAGCUUCAUCAAACUGAGGAGAGCAGAGAGGCAGAGCCUCCAGUCAGCAGCUCAACUGAACACAUGGAAACAGGAGCUGAUGGAGAGGACUGUGGAGGACCAGAACCAGCUGUUAAAUGAAAUUAUUUGUUACAGCAAUCUCCUGCGGACGACCUUCCACAUUAUGUAACGUAACGGCAAAUUUACUUCUGUAGCUGUUGUAACGUAGCUCUAAUAUGCGUCAGUGUGUUUAAACGUUUUGUGUACUAUCAAGUGUUUUCUCCCUGCGUAAUGUAACUCAGACCUUUGCCUUCCCACUGCGUUAGUGUUGGUACGAUUCUAAAAUUACAAUUUUGAUUCUGAUCUUUCUCAGUCAGUCUGAAACUCCCACACGGCCGACUUUUUCUUUCACUUAUUUGUAAACUAAGCCGGUUUAAGUUCUUUUUAUCUGAACGAUCUCAGUUUGUACGUUUUAACGAUGAAUCCUCCGUGCCAGCCAAAGUUAGUCAUGGAGUCCCGCAAGGUUCUGUACUUGGACCUUUUCUAUUCACCUUAUAUAUGCUUCCUUUAGACAAUAUUAUAAGAACCACUCCAUAAACUUUCGUUGUUAUGCGGAUGAUAAAUAAAACCAUAGGAAACCGUGUUUACCGUUUCCCGAGUCCGACCGCAAAUAACCAACAUUUGGCCAGCGCUAAAUUAAUGGGCCGCAACAUAUAAACAUCGGCCGCUAGUGAUAAAACAACGAUACCGGCAGAUCAAUCGGAGCAUCCUUAUUCUGUGUCUUUGUUGCUUUAGGCGGGAACAUUCAUGUAUGAGCCUGCAUGUGUACAGUACCCUCCACCCCCGGAAAACGGGUUCCCCCAAAUGCCAUGGAGUGAAACAAACACUUCCUCAUGUUGCAGCGUUGCUUUUCAGACUUGCAUCCGGAAAUGAGUUUCUGAUCAAACCCAUUAACUGCACACUUAGGGAAAAAUUCAUAAAAGGAUUGUGCGGCUAUUGCCGCCUCGAAUAUAUAUUAUAUUAUAACCUGCACGAAUAACAAAAAGAAAUGCAGCCUGAACUGUGCUGCCAAGCAAAGAGCGUUUCGGUGCUCCUGUGCUAGUUACACAUGUUUAAAUGAGAUAAUGUUUCACACGCAAUUACACUGCAAUUAUUAGAAUCUUCAGAGUUGGUGCUAACGGAAGCACAUUUGUAAAGAGUGUCUGAUGAAAAUCCUGUAUUUUGGGAUGUAUUGACAGUUGUGUUUUGAGAAAUAAAUGAAUUAAGCUCCACUACAGGUCAUUUAUUACCAUUAUUUUAUACAUGAGAGAAAAAGUGCAUUAAAACAACGGUGCCGAUGUAUUGUUCUGAAGCGCAUUCAACCUUAGGGUCGUGUUGGCUGUAAUAUUCUAAUCGCAAAAUCUUUUGUAAACUGGACCUUGAGACGGGACAGAGCGGUUUGUAAAUGAUGCACAGUUCAUGGAGAUAUCAGUGGCCGCAAUCCAUUCUUUGUGACUUCUCCCCAGAUAGUACAAUCACUUGUGUUCUAAUAGAAGUUCUUGUGAAGAUUUUUCUUUCUUUCAAUAAAACACAAUGUGUUGACUGCC